UACUCCAACUAUAUAACAGACAAACAAGCAAGAAAAAAUUUUUAGUUGUAUUACCAACCUUCCACGGAAAGAUACAUAAAAAAAAAUGAAUCAAACCAAGAAAAACGAAGAACUAUUAAAUGUAGACUGGAGUGAUGAAAUCUUGAUGACUUGGAUUGAAGAAGAUACCCCGCAAUUGGAAAUAAGUGAAACGCUACCAACAGGAAACGACUGGGAAGACGAACUCUUAGCUAAUCUAAUGAGUAAUGAAGCUAAAGGUGAGAUACAAAUUAAUGCGAACGCAAGUGAAAGUAUGCAGGUAUCAAGGAAUAUAAAUAUGGAAGAAGACGUAACAAGAUACAUCAAUAGUGACAGAGAUUGUGAAUUUAUGCAAAAGAAAAGAUACAGCAAUAGUGAAAGCGAUUUUGAAUUUAUGCAAGAGAAAAGUUCUAUAUCACCAUCAGAAACGGAAGAAGAAGAAACAUCAUCGAGUAAAGUGGGUUACUACUACAGUAAAAUAGAAAGUGACUUAGACCCAUCGUCGUCAGACAGUGAAAUGGCCGCCAACUGUAAGGCAGUAAGUGUAAUCUACAACGAAGAACAGGAAACUUGGUCAUUACCAGUUCCCUUAAUAACACAAACGGCCUACUGUAAAAACUGUACGAUGAAAACAUUCCCAGCUUUGGACACGGAGAUGACACGAAGAAGAAUCGUCGCCAUAACGAUGUUGAUGAAAGGAGAAUUCAACUACAAUUUGCUGGAAGUAUCAAGAGAAAUGAUCAGAAACCACCUACUAGAAGCAAGAGAAAAUGGGAAAAACAUAAAACAAAUUCUGGACACUGUUUUCCCCAAUGGAACAACAUUAUUACACGGGAGUGUGAUAAAAGAAAGAUAUGUUCCUCCAAUACGGAGCUGAUAGCAAUAUUUACGAGGAGGGGAUGACAAUAGCACACCGAGCAGCAGCGGAUAAUAAUGUCCAUUUACUCCGUAUUCUAUCCCAUCACGGUAACACAUUCAACAUCCAAAACAGCAUGGGAGCAUUACUAGUGGCUAUCUCAAUAAUAUGGAAUGUAUUAAAUAUUUGUGGAUGGAUCGAAUUAUUGUGCACCAAACGCUGGAUGAAGAAACAGUGUUACAUUAUGCUGCUAAAUAUAACAACAAAUUCUUCGCGGAAGUAUGUCCAGCGGAAUUCAUCAAUAGGAGAUCACGCACAUCAAAGGAAACUGCGUUGCAAAUAGCUGUAAGGUACAGGCAUACAGAUAUUAUAGAAAUAUUGUUACGUCGAGGAGCUCGAGAUGAUAACCUCAAUACGGACGGAAAAUAUGCACAGGACUAUAUAGAUGACGAAACUAGCAUUCGAAAUCUAUUCCGAAAAUUCCGAGUGCUAAAAAGAAAAAACAAGUGUACCAACAGCCAGACAUCAUCUAAAGGAAAAUAACACCCAAUUAUUUUAAUCAGCGCAAAAUGUUACCAAUGCUACAAUAGUUUAGACGCUUCUUAUAAAUAUAUAAUAUGGCGCAAUUCAAGUUGCCUUCCUAAGACCUGAAGUCUGCACACAAAGGUGAAAUUGGAGGACCAAUUUAUCCUGCCGCACAGGGGGGAAGGAAUGUAACGAGCCAACUGCAUUAUUUACGCUUUACAGAAGAUGGCAAAUCUGCACGGACAUUGAGUGUACGCAA